AGUGGCGCUCAGCACGUGGGGGCGGUGCCGGACAGAGAAGGUGUUGAGUCCCUCUUGGUUUGUGGGAAGUGAGGCUGGCAGCAUCGACAGUGGAGGGCGACCGCCGGGGAGCAGAAGGCUGGGAAGACGCUGCAAAGCACGGGGACCCGCUGAGCGUCAUGGAGGGCUCAGGGGAGCAGCCGGGCCCACAGCCACCGAAUCCCGGGGACCACCGCAUCCGCGACGGCGACUUCGUGGUGCUGAAACGGGAAGAUGUGUUCAAAGCAGUUCAAGUCCAGCGGAGGAAAAAAGUAACUUUUGAAAAACAGUGGUUCUAUCUGGAUAACGUCAUUGGCCAUAGUUAUGGAACCACGUUUGAAGUGACCAGCGGAGGAAGCCUUCAGCCCAAGAAGAAGAAGGAAGAGCCUACUUCAGAGACCAAAGAAGCGGGCACUGAUAAUCGAAAUAUAGUUGAUGAUGGGAAAUCUCAGAAACUUACUCAAGAUGACAUAAAAGCUUUAAAGGACAAGGGCAUUAAAGGAGAGGAAAUAGUUCAGCAGUUGAUUGAAAAUAGUACAACAUUCCGAGACAAGACAGAAUUUGCUCAAGAUAAAUAUAUAAAAAAGAAGAAAAAGAAAUAUGAAGCCAUCGUUACUAUUGUGAAACCAUCCACCCGCAUCCUUUCAAUUAUGUAUUAUGCCAGAGAACCUGGAAAAAUUAACCACAUGAGAUAUGAUACACUAGCCCAGAUGUUGACAUUGGGAAAUAUUCGUGCUGGCAAUAAAAUGAUUGUAAUGGAAACAUGUGCGGGCCUGGUGCUGGGUGCAAUGAUGGAACGAAUGGGAGGUUUUGGCUCCAUUAUUCAGCUGUACCCUGGAGGUGGACCAGUUCGGGCAGCCACAACCUGUUUUGGAUUUCCCAAAUCUUUCCUCAGUGGUCUUUAUGAAUUCCCCCUCAACAAAGUGGACAGUCUUCUAAAUGGAACAUUUUCUGCCGAGAUGUUAUCUUCAGAGCCAAAAGACAAUGCUUCGGUUGAAGAAACUAAUGGCACCCUGGAGGAAAGACAGACUUCAGAACAAGAGAACGAAAACAGCAUAGCGGAAGCUCCAGUGAGCUAUCACCCAAAAAAUCAAGAAACAAUGGAAAUUGUCUCUCAAGAUCAAGACUAUAAGGAGGCUAAAGAGAGAGGAAGCAAAAAGGAUUAUAUUCAGGAAAAGCAGAGGAGACAAGAAGAGCAAAGGAAAAGACAACUAGAAGCAGCUGCUCUGCUGAGUGAAAGAAACGCAGAUGGGCCGUUCGUGGUCUACUGUCAGUAUAAAGAGCCCCUGUUGGAAUGCUACACAAAACUGCGGGAAAGAGGCGGAGUCAUCAACCUCAGGGUGUCGGAAACCUGGCUCAGAAAUUACCAGGUUUUGCCAGAUCGAAGUCAUCCCAAGCUACUGAUGAGCGGAGGUGGGGGGUACCUUCUCUCAGGCUUCACCGUUACCAUGGACAACCUUAAAGAAGACCCCAGCCUCAACUCCAACUUGAGCACUUUAGAAUUACACAAGACUGAAGAGCCAGCAGCCAAAAAACGGAAAUGCCCAGAGUCUGACUCUUAACCUUUUCAAAAGUUGCUUUGAUUUUUUGCUCUCAGGCAUGAUACAGUUAGUAAUUAAACUUUAAAUGCCAUUACUAAUUGUUUUUCAUAUCCUAAGAAUAAGAUUGUGUCUAUACACCUGUUCUUGGGAAAGACAAGGAAGCUUUUUGUUCACCUCUGACCAGAUGGGUUUGCCCUGUCAAAACCUCAAGCCAAAACACCCAAGCCUGGAGUACGCAGUGGACUGAUAUAUGGCCAAUUCUGUUUAUUUUACAAAAAUUCUUUAAGUACUUGUAGUACUCUGUGCAAAUAUUUUGAGAAUUUAGACAUCCUAAAAAUAUAUUUAUACCAGACUUUGUUUAUAUGUUAAGCUAAAUGGAAUGACACAACAUAGCUAAAACUUGGUGGGUACUGAAAGGAAGGAAUUGGUGGAGGAACUCUCCUCUGUCCUUUCCACUCUCUUCAACCUAAGCAAUACAGAUGUGUGAGAUUUACAGUACCAAAAAUGUCGACCCUGUUCCCUGCAGUGGAAGAAACUUGUUUAAAAUGCUAGAUUUUAUUAUUUUAAUAGUUGACAACCUAAAAAAGUUUUUGAGUAUUUAUUUUACAGCUGCUUUUGUCGAUAGAAAGUGUAGUAGGGAACUUUUUUGCAUUAAUUUACGAAUCCCCUCCAUCUUUGUUCCAAAUAAUGUAACUAGAAUUUUUGUGUACUAUCCAAUUAAAGGAAACAAAUGGUUUUUCCCCCCCUAGAGACUUACGGAGAUAGGUAGAUAUAUAUACACAUAUAUAUGUACAGUAAGUCCUCAAUGUCGUCAUUAAGGUUCUGUGACUUUAAGCAAAAA